GGCUACUGCUGCUACCUGCAUCACCACAACCACCACCAGCAGCACCAUCACCAAUACCGCAACCUGUGCCUACUCCCCAUCGCUUGGUCUAUCUGUCUGUCUGUGUGUCUCUGUCCAAACCGAACAUGGAAUCCAGACAACACGGUUUCCUUCUCACCUGGAAUUUUCUCUUGGUUUUCCUCAUAUCAAACUUAAAUGCAGACCUGGAUGUCAAAUGCCAAGAGCAGCAGAACAUGCUGUACACCUUCUGGAAUACGAAAAUGAUAUGGUAUUCAGCUUCAAAAUUUUGCAAAAAAUACCAUAGCCAACUGCCUUACCUCAAAGACAUGGAAUCAGUGAAAGCAAUUGGAAAAGCAUUCCACCAAACAAGAAUACGACACUUCAAGCAUUCCGAUCACUGGAUCGGAUUACAAAGUUCCUCCAGAGGAAAGGGCCAACAUUGGGAAUGGGAAGACGGAACUCCUUUGAGCUUCAGUUUCUGGAGCAGGAAGUAUCAUCCCAAUGUCUUGAACUACCAUUACUGUGCCUACAUGGAAUCGGGGUCCAGAUGGAUGUCGAAAAAAUGCGUGGAAAGGUCAUCGGUUGUCUGUGUUGCGGAGAACCACGGCUGGUCAAAAUGGACCCCUUGGUCUGCCUGCGAUUGCCGUACCAACACAGCACAGCGGUCAAGGACCUGUCGAUCGAUUCCAAAUCUCUCCAGAUGCAACACCUGUAAUGGUCACACCACAUCGGAAGUGAAGGGCUGCGAAUGUUCUAGCAGAAAGAUGAAGUUCCAGAAAUUUCCUUGGAAGAAUGCUCCCAGGAAAUCUCUUCCUUCUCCAACUGGAGUUUCCAGUCUCCAGGGUUGUGCAAGCAUUUGCUUUGAGAAUCGAAUGUGCACCAGUUUUGUUAAAGAGAAAAACGAAUGUCACUUAUUCGCAGAUGUUCUGGGUGCCGGUCAGCCGAAUAAAUAUUCAUUUACAUAUGGUUAUAGACUAAUUGACUACAAUGGAAAUUAGUAAUUAGUAAUUUUGAAUGUUGCUAUAAUGAAAAUUAUGAUUAAAAUAUAGUGGAAGUUUGUUUUUAACAGUGGAAUUUGAAGCAGAUAAAGCUAUGUGGUUUGUAAAUUUAGGUUAGAAAUAAUUCUCCAUUUGGAUACAAAAAGUUUUAGGUUGCCUUCAACAUUUUUUUUCCAAAUAAAAUAUUUUUCAUGCUUUUAUUUAUAGUUUUAUCUGAAAUGCUGAGAUGGUGGAAUUGCUAGUGGUUCAGCCAAAAUGCUCGGCUGUAUUUCAUCCUAGUUCUUUAUGUUCUGGGUUCAAGUUCUGCUGAGGCCGACUUUGUCUUUCAUCCUAUUGGGGUUGGUGAAAUAAAUACCUGACAAGCACUGGAGUUGAUGGAAUCGAUGACUAACCUGC